AUGGCUUAUGCCACAUCUACUGACCAUGCCAAAUCAUAUAUAUUGACACUCGAUGAAAACCAAGCGGCCUGGAAGGGUAAGCUGGACGACCUCAAGUCCUUGAUCAAGCAAACCGGGGGUAGAAUAACGCAUGAGUAUUCACUCGUGAAGGGGUUUUCCAUGGAACUCCCCUCGGAUCGCUCAAAGGGUAUUGUUGAAAAGCUAGAGAGUUUCGCUGAGAAGCUUAAAUGCAAACUCCAUAUAGAGGAGGACCAAGAGGUGCACACUUUCAGCGGUCAUGGCUCUUUCAAUUAA